GACACUCUGAUUACAGACUGAGGAGGUUGUGGUGUUACAACCCCAGGACUGAGAAAAAAGACUCUUUACACAUAUUCACUUGUCUCCUGGUUAGGAGAAGUGACUAUUGAUGGAAAUAUUUUCCUUCUUCUUGUCUUUGUUUACAUUGUAUCCCAGAGAAGUUUUAAGUUGUUCAGGUUGAAACAUUUGCACUUAAAGUCUGUUAAGUUUCCUUUGAUGUAUCAGUGUCAAGCUGAUGUUUAAGAGGGUAUGUUAAGGACAGAUGUGCUCCAGUCCAUCAAUCCUUUAAAGUGCUGGACACCAAUGGUAAAUUGCCAUCAGACCCUAAAUAAAUUGUCCUCUGCUGUUAUCCAUAUUGUUUCACUCAUUCUUUUGUGAGUAGACGUAUUGGUUACACUUGCAAGUUAAUUUUUUUUAACUGCAAAGAACCCUGACAAUAUCGUGCUUUAAUUAUUUAACAUUGUAUGGUAUUCCUAUUUACUUCUCAAUUAAUAUGCAUGUUAACAGAUGUAUAUAGUUAUUACUUUAUGAUAUUGUUGGAGUGCCCGAUUUAAAAAAAAAAAUGACAAAAGAUAGAUUUCUCACAAAAUUAAAAGACUUUAUUGCAAUUUAAAAGUUAGAUAGUUAUGUAGGAUCUGGCUCCUACAGUCAAUCUAUAACUACUUACCCUUUUAAAAUUUUAUUUGAAGGUGAGAUUACCCAAAAAGGCUUUGAUAACAACGUGAAAAAGCUCCUGACAGCAGAAAAAUCAGAUGACACUACUUCAACACGUGGCAAUGAAUUUCUCAGUGCAGCAGAGGCCUUUGGUAAAGCCAAGAAACUACUACAGCCUCAAGUAAAGAAAAGGCAGUUUCCAUUGAAUGAUAAACGUUUGGACCAUGGCAAAUCAUUAUUGAAGGUCAGACUGGCUCCCAUGGAGUGGAAGCCAAGAACUCAUAGAAAGUGUGGACGGUACCAGAAGUUAAUAAUGGACAAAGCUCCACCUCGAAUCAUUCUGCAAGGCCAUGAAACCUAUGAUGAUUUAAUUACCAUAGGCAAAGAACGCUUCUGGCCAGAGCGUACUGAGGGGAGUGAGUUCACUCUUUGCCAUUCUGACAGGACCAGGUGGAGUAAGGAGGAGUUCCACAAAGAAUACAGAACUGUUUCUGAUAUUACACAUAUGUGGAAAAGAACACUAUACAUCGGGCGAAGACAACUGGAGAUCGUGUGUUUGGAUGAUCAAAGUUCCAUCUCAGAUGAAGACCCUGUAACUUAAGUGGGUGGUGAUGAAAGUUGCAGUUUAGAUGAACUUCCUGAAACCCUCAUAGGACAAAGUGUUGCAGAACAGGUAAAACCAUGGCUUCAUCUUGAGCAGACCAAUUAAUUUCUUAUCAUUGUCAUAAAUGUGGAUAUUUUCACAGUGCACCCUGCAAAAAGUAUAUCUUGGCUGAAUGUGUUCAUAGGAUUUCCAUCUAGAAACAUCCAGCUCAGCUGAAUUUGAAACAGGGAGAGUCAGAAAGAAAAGCCAGUCCAAGCAAAGGAAGGAGGAAAAUGUAGGGUCAUCUCUAGGUCCAGGUGGAGCAGUGAGCCAAGACAUGUUACCGCGUGCAGUUAUUGAGGCAAAAGAAGCUAUGGAAGGAGCUGAAGAGCUAUCUGAAGGUGCUGGAAAUAGUGGGCUUUUGAUAGAUUUUGCAGAGUCUUUCAACACAACUCCAAAAUCGCCAUCAUGUAAGCAUUCUUUCCCAUGUAGGGCUAACAUCAUAUCAUCAGACAAAAUUGUAAAUAAAGGUUUUCAUUCUUCACUAUUUGGUACUCAAGUUCCUGGGGUAAACCUAGAUAUUACUGAUCCAGCAGUUAAUAGAAGAAUGAUUAGCAGUAGCUGUAUGUUACUUUGUGUUUUUUAUCCCCAAGUGUAUCUUCCACGUGUUCCAUAUGUGGAAGAGGCUUUAAUUACAUACAGUGAGGACAAUCUACUGGGAGAAGGAACAUUUGGCAAGGUAUAUAGAGGUUCUUUUCAUGGUACUCCAGCAGCUGUUAAAAGGAUCAUGUGUGGCCAACAAGGGAUGGAGGACGGUGACAUUCAUCAUGAGAUAAAUGUUUCACUGAGACUGUCUCACCCCAACAUCGUCAGACUCAUGGCAGUUGCCCGCACUGAGUCCUGCUUUUUGUUGGCAGCUGAAUACAUUCAUGGCGCAACCCUGCAGCAAGUGCUUCACACAGACAGCUGCUUGGUGAAGCUUGAAGGGGAUGAUGCCGGUUUCAUAUCACUGGACUUAUCCAUGGCAGUAGAGUACAUCCAUGCACAGAGAAUCAUUCACCAAAAGCCAGCAAAUGUCAUGGUUCACCACCCUUCUAAGAUGGCAGUCCUGACAGACUGGGGCAUGGCAAACAUAAGAGACACUGUGAUGGUUCGUCAAGGGAGUAAGUUCACUGCCCAGGCUAUUGGUCCAGCUGGUGGCACAUAUCUUUACAUGGCCCCUGAAUGCAUACUGAUGUUUGAAGAGGCCUCGUUCCAGACAGACAUGUGGUCCCUCGGAGCCACAUACCUGGAGAUCCUGACGGGGUCCGCUCCGUGGAUGUUAAAAAACAAAGAGAACUGGCUGCACUAAUGGACACCAAAACCCCACCACAUGCCCUAUCACAUCUCAGUGACAAAAACAGUUUUCUUGGUGGUUUGGUGAGCUAUGACCCAGACUCAAGGCCUUCCGCAUCUGAUGUUGUUAAGUUUCUCAAGUCAGGCCUUGAUCUUACGAGCCGAUAUGGCUACAAGUGGUAAUGUUGCUACAGUCUGCAGUUCAAAAGUCUUUCAAUGUUAAUUAUAUUCUACAUUAUUGUUAACAAAAGUUGUGGUAAAUGAAACACUGAAUCAUUAUGAAAGAUCCUUGUGUUACGGAUUCAAAUAUUGGGGAUGGAUACAAGAGGAAAA